CGUAGGUGGCCUUAAGGGGGCCUAUCGCGGGUGCGAAGCACCACAUGAGAAGCGGGGGUUGUGCAUUCAUUCUCGCACCUAAUUGAAGGAAGACGACUGAGUGAUUAAGUGAGCCUCCUGUUAGCUCUCCGCUAUACACAUAUACCUCAAUUCGCGAUCGCCCGUGCCUGACCGACCGAAUGCCUUUCCAGCCCUUUGCCGACCUGGUUCAAUCGCAAAGCACAACCAUCAUGACCACUUCAUCAGUCUCUUCACAGCGUCUCACUGGCGUAAUUGCCAUCGUGACAGGCGGCGGGCAGGGUUUUGGGCGCGCAAUUGUCGAGCAAUUUGUUGCCCAUGGCGCCCAAGUCCUCUCUGUUGAUCUGACGGCGCCCGGCAACGGUGUCAUCACAGGCGUGCAGCCAGAGGCAUAUCAGAUGAAUGGCGACGUGACGAGCGAGAAAACCUGGCACGAUGCCGUAGCAUAUGCUAAGGAGCUGUUCAAGAAGGCACCCAACGUCGUUGUGAACAAUGCAGGCUGGACGUACUCGAACAAGCCCACGCUCAGCGUGACCGAGGACGAGUUUGACCGGGUAUUCAACAUCAACGUCAAGAGCAUCUACCUCUCUGCAAAGGUAAUCGUGCCGGUCAUGCAGAAAGCGAGCACAGGGGGCAGUUUCAUUCAAAUCUCCUCGACAGCCGCCAUCAGGCCCAGACCCCAGCUGACGUGGUACAAUGCGUCCAAAGGAGCAGUAUCCACUGCAAGCAAAGCCAUGGCAUUGGAAUUUGCCAAGGACAAGAUUCGGUUCAACUGCGUGAACCCAGUCGCAGGUAACACGCCUUUGCUGUCGAAGUUUGCAGGCGCUAAGGAGUCGGGUGAUACACUAACGGCCGCGCAACUGAAGCAGUUCAACGACUCCGUCCCCCUCGGUCGACUCUCUGAAGGAACGGAUAUUGCCAAUGCUUGCUUGUUCCUGGCAGAUCCCAAGUCGGAAUUCAUCAGCGGGAUCGACUUGCCGGUCGAUGGCGGGCGAUGUGUCUGAACGUCGGUGGCACAAGGCGGCAUGGAAAAAAAAGUGCCAUCGCAACAACAGAAUCCUUCUCGUCUGUUCUCGCGAAACGUCGACUUUGCAUUCUGCAACCAUUCUCUCUCUCAAUAAAUGUGGAACUAGAGGGUAUCUCUGGACUAGGAGAAAUGAAUUUGGCAAAAUCGAAC